AUGGGUGACAAGAGGAAGAACACCGGGGACGGCGAAACGCCUCCGGCAAAGGGCCGACCGGGCCUGAAGCCGGCGAUGGUGCCCAGUCCUGUUGCAGUAGAGGCGCCGCAGCGGUCCGUGAUGGCGCCCAGCCCCGCUGCAGUGGAGGCAGCGCCCACUCCAGUUGCCGUUGAGAAGCCGGUGACGGCGCCCAGCCCUGCUGCAGUGGAGGCAGCGCCAACUCCAGUUGCCGUCGAGAAGCCGGUGACGGCGCCCAGCCCCGCUGCAGUGGAGGCAGCGGCCACUCCUGUUCCCGUCGAGGCGCCGGAGACGGCGCCCAGCGCGAUGGUGCUAGCCGGCGGCACUGUCGCGGUAGCGGCGGCGGAGGGAGAUGUGGUGACACUGCUGGAGUCCGAGGUGCCGAAGACAGUGCUACGCUGCAACGAGUGCCAUCACCCCCUGAAGCCUCCUCUUGCUCCCGUAUGCGACACGUAG